AUGCCGUUCGAUAUCAAUGCCUGCGCCAGGCCUAAUAUAUUGAAGCUGACGCCGUAUCGAUGCGCUCGAGAUGACUACAAAGACGAUGGCACGAAUAUCCUGCUCGAUGCGAACGAGAAUGCUUUCGGUCCAUCGCUCGACCUGACGGAAGAUGGCAAGCUUGUCAAUGGCACCAGAAAAGGGGUGGAAAUUGAUCUCUUGGGAUUGAACCGAUACCCCGAUCCACACCAGCACGAGUUGAAACAAAAGCUCAUCGAUCUCCGCAACACCCACGUCCACACCAGCAAAAGUCUAACCCCCGACAAUCUCUUCGUCGGCGUGGGCAGCGACGAAGCCAUCGAUGCCCUCCUGCGAGCCUUCUGCACCCCAGGCAAAGACAAGAUCCUCACAUGUCCGCCCACGUACGGCAUGUACUCAGUAUCAGCCCAAGUCAACGAUGUCGAAGUCGUUCCCGUACCAUUAGACGUCGACAACGACUUCCAACUGCAAACCUCGCAAAUCACCGCCAAACUCUCCGCCGACCCCACCAUUAAAAUGGUGUAUUUCUGCAGCCCAGGCAACCCGACAUCCACCCUCCUCCGCAAAGCCGAUGUCCAGACCAUCCUGGAACACCCCAGCUGGAACGGCGUUGUGAUUCUCGACGAAGCAUACAUCGACUUCGCCCCUGAAGGCUCAUCCCUUGCGGAAUGGGUAGCCGAAUGGCCGAACCUCGUCGUCAUGCAAACUUUGUCCAAGGCCUUUGGCAUGGCGGGCAUCCGUCUCGGCGCGGCGUUUACAUCCCCGCAAAUUGCAAAGCUACUGAACAGUCUCAAAGCGCCCUACAACAUCUCCAACCCGACUUCGCAGCUUGCUAUUCAAGCUUUGGGACCGCAGGGGCUGAAAGUCAUGCACGGGCAUCGGCAACAGAUUCUCGAGCAGCGCGAUCGUCUGCGUCGAGAGUUGCCGCAGAUUGCCGGUGUUGGUCCGUUCCUCGGGAAGAAGGCGGAUUCCAAUUUCCUCCUCGUCCAGAUCUUGGAUGGGCCAGGUGGGAAGCCUAGUAAUGAGGUUGCGCUGCAGGUGUAUGAACGGCUGGCGGAGACGAGAGGGGUCGUUGUACGGUUCAGAGGGAAGGAGCAUGGAUGUUUCGGCGCGCUGAGAAUCACCGUAGGGACUGAGAGCGAGAAUUCUCGAUUUCUGCGAGAUGUGCGGGUUGUAUUGGAAGACGUCUUUGCUGGGAAGUUAAGCAAACUUUCUGGCGAGGUGGAACAAGCGAGGGAAAAGAGGGCGAAUGGCGUCGUUGCUUGA